AUGUCAGAUUAUUCCAAGACAUGGUAUCAUGAGGUUUUUAGUGCCUGUAGAUUGGAUAUAGAGAUGGAAAAUCUUCCGAGUGGUCUUGAUGCUGAUACUGAAGAGCAUAUUUUAAAAACCCUUUUUGCGAAGAACGGCUUAUUUCGUCAACGAGGUACAACUGUACUGCUGGCUACAUAUGCUAUACAUAGACUUUCAUAUUCGGACCAUAUUGUCGCUAUGAAAAGCGAUGGUACCAUUAUGGAGCAAGGAACUCUGGAGGAACUCAAAGCCGUAGCGGCUACAUAA